GAACUGCGGAAGUGAGCACGGUGUAAACAAUCGAGUCAUCGAGUAGCAGGAAUGAAACCUCCCAUUUGGAGUGUUUAAUGAAAAAAAAAAAAAAUGAACAAGUCGAUGUGUUAACAAUGGCACAGUGUCGCGAGUAAUAUUUUAAAGUGAGCAGGCGCGUGCUGUGUCUCGCCACCAUGCCGUAUCUGGGUCACGAGGACACGGUGAGGGAGCUGAGGAGAGCUCUGUCCAACCCCAACGUCCAGUCCGACCCGCUGCGCUACAGGAACACCGUCCUCAAAGUCAUCAGGGCGAUGUCCCAGGGCGUGGAUGUAUCCGCCCUGUUCAGUGAGAUGGUAAAAGCAUGUGCCACAGUAGACGUAGUCCAGAAGAAACUGAUCUACGUCUUCCUGUGUUCCUAUGCCACUUUAAACCCCGAGCUGUCUCUGCUGGUCAUCAACACGCUGAGGAAAGACUGUCAGGAUCCGAACCCCAUGGUCCGCAGCCUGGCCCUGAGGAACAUGACCAACCUCAGGUUACCCAGUCUGGUGGAGUACGUGGAGCAGCCUCUGACAGCAGGACUGAAGGACAGAGCAGCUUGUGUACGACGAGUGGCUGUACUCGGCUGGACCAAACUACACAAUCUCCAACCCAACUCUGAGAUAGGUGUGGUGGAUGGAGGACCUUCUAGUUGUUUUGUUUUGUCUGUCUUACCCUGUGUUCCCAGGUUGAAGGAAUCUGACGUUUGGGGUCAGUGUGAGGUGCUGAGGAUCCUCCAGCGCUACCACCCUCAGUCGGAGGACGAGCUGUUUGACAUCCUGUCCCUGCUGGACGCGUCCCUGGUCAGCCCCCACCCCCCAGUCAUGGCGGCCACCCUCAGCCUCUUCCUCGGGCUCUGCUCCGGCCUGCCCGCUGUCAAUCUGGCGGCACUGGAGCGAGUACGCGCACCCCUGCUGGCCACCUGCGGCAGCGUAUCCACGGAGAUGAGGUUCACCGCCCUCUGCCACAUACAGUUGCUGCUGCGUUCUCUGCCUGGCCUGAUGGGGGCGCACUACAAACGCUUCUUCUGUGGUUAUGCUGAGCCGGCCUAUAUCAAGCAAAGGAAAAUGCAGGUGCUGGUGGAGCUGGUGAAUGAUGAGAAUGUAGCAAUGAUUCUGGAUGAGCUGAAAGGAUACUGCACUGAUGUCAACUCUGACACUGCCCAGGCUGCGAUCUCAGCUAUAGGUCGUAUUGGACGGAGCUACAGCGACCAAUGUCUGGAGAUCCUUACUGGGCUGCUCGGGCUCAAACAGGAGAACAUCACUUCUGCGGUGGUGCAGACGAUGCGAGACCUGGUCUGGGUGUGUCCUCAAUGUAGCGACACGGUAUGUUUGGCUCUCGAGGGCUGCGAGGAGACGCUGCAGGACAGCCAGGUCAGACCAGAGCCGCUGCACUGUCCACAUACUGCUUGUGUGUGCGCGUGUGCGUGUGCGUCGUGUAUGAGAAAAAGACAUGACAUCUUAAUACUCUUGUGUUUUCCAGAGGAGGAGACGGACAUGUGCGUGCGUGACCAGGCGCUUCUCUACUACCGCCUGUUGCAUUGUGGGGUAGAAGAGACACGAAAGGUCCUCCAGGGUCGGAGGUCAGACCCUUCCCUGGGUGUUCUGAUUGGCCGCCCCGCGGAGCCCAUCAGCCAGUGGGCAUGCAGCUUUAACACUCUGGAGCCUCUGAGGCAGAGCGGCGUGGAGACAGAGUCAGCCAGCAGAGGAAGCCCUGAGCACGUGACCUUUGACCCCAAGCCUAACACUGACCUCUCAGACUCACUGGACUGUGGGCAAACAGAGACGCUUCUUUCAGACUCCUCUGCUGAUGUCUUGGCUUCGACGGUUGCAGGCCUCCUCAGUUUGUCCCUGUCGCCGACUCUCAGCCCGGAGGAGUUUGAGCGUCUUUGGCUGCAGCGACAGCCUUUGCAUGCAGAGCAAGGUGCUGACAAACUGGAAGAAAAGGAGGAUUCUUUGUGCUUGGAAGAACACAUCCUAUGCCCUGCGAUACCUCACUGUUCACCACAAAGCCUUCAGGCUGCGAUGCAGCUGGUCAACAUCCAGACAAUGGCCUUCACGCCAGCACACACACUUCCCUGGAGAGUCUACCUGUACACACACACCCAGCAUGCACACUGUGGCGACACACCCCGCGGCACGCUCAUAGUCGGGGAGCUGCUGUACACUGGAGAGGCUGAUCAGAGGGUAGGAGGGGUAAACGAAGGCGUGGGUGAUGGUGAUGGAGACGUGGUGAAGGGCAGGGAAGAGGAGCAGGUGAAACCGGUAGAGGAAGCCACAGCUGACGGGCGGAGCGGGAGAGAGUCUGUGACGAAAUAUGGAGAGAAGAUGAUUAUAAAAGUGACUCUUAAGCAGCAACCAAGAGAUGACAGAGCUCUCAAGGGGUUUCUCUCCAUCCUUACGACUGUACUGCACACAUUGUCCUCAGAGAGGGAUUAAAUAUGCAACAAACACACACACACACACACACACACACACGCACUUACACUUACACUUACUGUUUCUUUAAGAAGAUGCUUAAUUAGCACAUUCGUUCCCUGACCAUAACUGUAAAAUAGCCCCUAGCAAUGGUGAAUACGCCCUCACUUUGCAAAGGCUUCCGUUUAACGCUGAAUUGUCAUGUAUAAAUUGGACUUCAGGACUUUAAAACCACUUUUGCUUUUUACCUUGCACAUUUUAAACAUCGGCUGAAACAAAUGACGCAAUAGGGGAGUCUUUACUGGAGUAAAACGUGAUUUAUCAAGACCACAGUCAGUUGGUUAACUUCAGCUGAAGGCCAUUAAUCUCUUCAGUUUGUUGUUUUCUCACAGUCACAGCAAGUGGAUUAAAGAAUAGUUUGGGUUAGGUACGCGUUUGGCCGGGUGGGGUCACUCACUGAAACAUAUUCAGCUUCUCUUGUUUCCUAGUAUGGGACUGAGGUAAAGAUAAUGUUUACAGACAAACACCCCGAUGGAAGAAACCACUUUACAUAUUCAGUAGAGCUGAACAAGAGCCCUGCAACUUAUAGUGGAAUUUAUUUUUUACCACAGUGAGCUGUUGGCAGAGGCUCCCAGAUGUCUGGUUUUACCCUUUAAUGUAUUUGACAGAUUUUUGUGUAGAGGCUGUCAUGAUCACAGUAGCCCGAAGGUAAACGCAAAUACAAACUCAUGAACUGACUUAAAAUUAAUAAAACAUUUGGAUUCUUCCUGCA